AUGGCUCGCGUCUAUGCGGAUGUCAAUCAGCAGAUGCCACGGGCAUAUUGGGAUUAUGAUAGCGUGAAUAUUACUUGGGGCGUGUUGGAGAACUAUGAAGUUGUGCGCAAGAUCGGACGAGGAAAGUACUCGGAGGUCUUUGAGGGAAUCAAUGUGGCCAACUACCAGAAAUGUGUAAUCAAGGUGUUGAAGCCGGUCAAGAAGAAGAAGAUCAAGAGAGAGAUCAAAAUCCUACAAAACUUGUCAGGAGGUCCGAAUAUUGUCGCCCUCCUUGAUGUUGUUAGGGAUAGUCAAAGCAAAACACCUUCUUUGAUUUUCGAAUAUGUCAACAACACCGACUUCCGAAGCCUCUAUCCUAAGUUCAUUGAUUAUGACGUUCGAUUUUAUAUUUAUGAGCUUUUGAAGGCAUUGGACUUUUGUCACAGCAAAGGCAUCAUGCAUAGAGAUGUAAAGCCUCAUAACGUGAUGAUUGAUCAUGAGAACAGAAAGUUGAGACUUAUCGAUUGGGGUCUUGCAGAAUUUUACCAUCAAGGCACAGAGUAUAACGUUCGAGUUGCAUCUAGAUAUUUCAAGGGACCGGAAUUGCUCGUUGACUUCCAGGAAUAUGACUACUCCUUGGACAUGUGGUCUUUAGGUGCUAUGUUCGCUUCUAUGAUCUUCCGCAAAGAACCAUUCUUCCACGGAAACAGUAACUCAGAUCAGUUGGUCAAGAUUGCUAAGGUCCUCGGUACUGAAGACUUAUUCGACUACCUCGACAAGUACGAGAUUGAGCUCGACGCACAAUAUGAUGACAUCUUAGGCAGAUUCCCAAAGAAGAAUUGGCACAGCUUUGUCAAUGCCGAGAACCAACGAUUUGUUACUAAUGAAGCUAUCGACUUCUUGGACAAACUUCUCCGUUACGAUCACCAAGAACGUUUGACCGCCAAGGAAGCCAUGGCCCAUCCAUUCUUUGCACCUAUUCGCGCCGAUGAGCAAGCUGCACGUGGUGCUGCAGCUCCUACUACAUGA